CGGCCGUGUAAUGGUUCCGUCAGCUCGACGGUUGCCUCGUCGUUUGACAGCUGGUUCAGACAGGAGUUGUGUUGCCCAGCGGAGCGGACUGUUGAUGGACUACACUUCCCUCCGGAGGAUAUUUUACCGAAGCGGCUGAGAGCACCGGACCGAACCCGAACCACGUCGCUCCGGUCCGGCCAUGGACGAGCAGGCGGGCCCCGGUGUCUUCUUCAACAACAGCAACAACAACUCGGGUCUUCCCGGCGGCGGCGGCGGUGGGAAUAUUAAAGCUCCGCAGCCCGGCGACGUCGGCGGCGGAGAGGCGGCCAGGGCUCAGUACAGCAUCCCGGGGAUUUUACACUUUCUCCAGCAUGAGUGGGCCCGGUUCGAGGUGGAGAGGGCGCAGUGGGAGGUGGAGCGGGCCGAGCUGCAGGCUCAGAUCGCCUUCCUGCAGGGGGAGAGGAGAGGUCAGGAGAACCUGAAGAAAGACCUGGUGAGACGGAUCAAGAUGCUGGAGUACGCCCUCAAACAGGAGAGGGCCAAAUACCAUAAACUGAAAUAUGGAACAGAACUGAACCAGGGAGAGAUCAAACCACCCAGUUAUGAUUCAGAUGAGGGGAAUGACAGUGAGGUUCCCAGUCCUCCAAACAGCAGCCAUCAGCUCAGCUGGAAACAAGGACGCCAGCUGCUCAGACAGUACCUGCAGGAGGUGGGAUACACCGACACCAUCCUGGAUGUGAAGUCUCAGAGGGUGAGAGCGCUGCUUGGUCUGACCGGAGACUCAGGAGACAAACCCUCAGAGAAGAAAAUCGAACCCAUGGUCAACGGCACCGAACCGUCCUCAUUGAAGGACAGCGGCAUGGUCAGUAAACCCGACAUGUCCGACUCUGCCACCGUGUUGGAGGCCUUUAAGUUCAUAGAGAGUGCUGCUGCAGAGUUCAGCGACGAGGACGAGGAGGAGGACAGUGAAGGGAGGGACAAAACCAUCCUGGACCUGGCUGCAAUGGUGAAGAAGAAACAGUCGUCAACACCGUCUUCCACGACCUCUGACCUCAGCGACGACCCUGACACAGAGGAGGCCUUGAAGGGUUUUGAUUUCUUGGCGAGUCCAGACGAGCUGGACGGAUCGCCUGAGUCCAGGAGUGGCGAGGACAGUGGAGAGUGGGAGAAGGAAGAGCAGUCUCCUCUGGGUGAACUGGCUUGGGACGUGGACCAGGGACUGAUAGCCCAGCUCAAGGAGCAGUACAGGAAGGAACGCAAGGGCAAGAAGGGGGUGAAGAGACCAAACCGGUCUAAGCUUCAGGACAUGCUGGCUAACCUCCGGGACGCCGAGGAGCUUCCCUCCAUGCAGCCUCCUGUGACCCCCCCCUCCCGCCCCAGCGUACCCAGACUCAACGAGCACGAAGUGGGACGCCCAGACGAUGAGGCGAUGACGUUCCUGCCGUCGUCCGGGAAGUCGUUCAUCCUGGGCCGGGUGGACGAGGCGGUUUCCAACGAGCUGGGACUGGGAGAACUGGCCGGACUGACGGUCGCCAACGAGGCCGACAGCCUGGCGUACGACAUCACUAAUAACAAAGACGCCCUGAGGAAGACCUGGAACCCAAAGUUCACUCUGCGGAGCCACUUUGACUCGGUCCGGAGUCUGGCCUUCCACCCGGUGGAGCCGGUCCUGGUCACCGCCUCCGAGGACCACACCCUCAAACUGUGGAACCUCCAGAAAACGGCGCCCGCCAAGAAGUGUGCUGCUUUAGACGUCGAGCCCAUCUACACCUUCAGAGCCCACAGUGGAGCCGUGCUGUGCGUCACCAUGAGCUCCAGCGGUGAGCAGUGCUUCAGUGGGGGGGUGGAUGGGACCAUCCAGAGCUGGAACACCCCCAACCCCAACAUCGACCCCUACGACUCAUAUGAGCCGUCAGUCCUGCGGGGGGCGCUGUGCGGACACUCAGACUCGGUGUGGGGUCUAGUCUACAGCUCGGCCCAUCACCGCCUCCUCUCCUGCUCAGCUGACGGGACGGUCCGGCUGUGGAACGCCGCUGACACCUCGCCAUCCCUCGCCGUGUUCAACGAGAGAGGAGAGCUCGGCGUGCCGACCUCCGUGGACCUGGUGAGCAGCGAGCCGGCUCACAUGGUGACGUCGUUCACCACUGGACACAUCGGACUCUUCAACAUGGAGACGCAGCAGCUCGUCCUGAAGCUGGACUCCGCCGGACCACCAGAGGCUCCCUGUAAGAUCAACAAAGUGCUGAGUCACCCGACGCUGCCAAUCACCAUCACAGCUCAGGAGGACCGGCACAUCCAGUUCUUCGACAACAACACAGGUAAACUGAUCCACUCCAUGGUCGCUCACCUGGACUCUGUCACCAGUCUCGCUGUGGAUCCAAACGGACUGUACCUCAUGUCUGGAAGUCACGACUGCUCCAUCCGUCUGUGGAACAUGGAGAGUAAAACGUGCAUCCAGGAGUUCACCGCCCACCGCAAGAAGUUUGAGGAGUCGAUCCACGACGUGGCGUUCCACCCCACCAAGUGCUACAUCGGCAGCGCCGGGGCCGACGCGCUCGCCAAGGUCUUCGUAUGACCUGAACCCGACUGAGUGACGGUGGAGCUUCGAGGACGAGUGGAGAGGAGACGGCGUGAUGAUGGAGGAGGAAGGUGGAGUUUGUUUCCACCUCUGAGUCUGGAUGGAGAGGUGACCCAGAUUCGUCGAAUAUUCAUCCCCGCCCGCCCACCUCCUGGACUCCGGCUGGUCUGGGUCCAGAAACAAACGCACCUCUGGAUGAGAGGCAGGGAGUAAAAGCAGGAGCCGUCGGUACAUUUAACAGAAGCUGGAAUCUUUCAUUUCUCUUUUCUCUUCAGGAGGCAAAGAUCCAAACUCCACCCGUCUCAGUGAACAGCCUGUGUCUGUCGGUGUUGCUUUGAAACGUUCGUCAUGAUAAUGUGCCUUUUUUCUUCAGAACAUUGAUUCUUUUAGGUGUUGAAGGUGAAGACGGAUCCAGUUCUCCUCCUCACGGUCAGAACUCACCUCAACAGCGCCUGGUGCAUCUCUGCUUUCACUUUGAGUUGAUGUGUUUUUAUUACUUCCUGUCAGUUGUGCCUAAAGCCUGAAGGAGGAGGAGGAGGUCAGAGGUCAAAGGUCAUGAGACGGCAGGUCAGAUCACAAACACCUGAAGAGUUUCUUUUCAAAAUAAUAUACGCUUUUUACUAGUGAAAGACCAGAGCAACAAAAACUAAAUCUCCAACGUCUUUCUACAUGUUGAAGAAUAUAAAUGAAGGUCAGUGACACAUGAGAGGCUUCUGAUGUUCAGUUUCGAGCUGCGAGCUGCUUUAUCUAAAAUACUGAAGGUUAAAACUGUUGAUUUUAUGUUUAUAAACUGAGAUUAUUGAGCUGUGAUUUGACAGGAAGUGAAAAAUCAUACGACCGAUGUUUAAUAACAUCUCAGUGUGUCGUUCGUCUCUGAUCAUUGGUUCAAACUGAAGAUAUAACUCUGUAAAAACUCCUCAACAUCUUUAAAUAAGACUCAGUCAUUUUCCUAAAACAGCUGCUCAAACAAACAAGAGGAAAUCAAUAAAACAUGUGUUGUGGACUAUUUUCAGCGGCGGAUGAAUCCACAUUUGUUUCUGUAGUGAUUAAAUGAACUCCAUUUGUUUCCCUGAGCUCCUGGUUUAAACCACAGUGGAAACAGGUGUGUGUGUUGUCUUUGCGUUGAGAUGAAACUCUUCAGUGUGUGUGUGUGACGUGUCGUUCCACCUGUAAACACACCUGCUGUCAUGUGACACUCACACGAAAACAUCUGGAAGAUUUCAGGUGUGAACUAUAGUUGUUUUUUUCUCCUCGUGCGGUUGUGAAACAGUUUGGUUGAGUUUCCUCAGACUCGGUUUGUUUUGAUGAACUUUGUGGUGACGAUUUAAAAACCUGCUGCUUUUUCUUGUGUGUGUUUCUGAGACAAACUCUUUUCUUUCUUCACAUCGAGUAUUUAUUACCGUUUUAAAAACACCAAACUGAAGCCAAAAGAUCGAACCCAGACGACGAGAUGCUUCCUACUAAACCCUGACAGAUGUUGUCGCUAAUGCUAAUUAGCUCGUCCUGUUGUAAAAUAACAAUAAUAACUCUUAAAGUGACGUCUGUUUAGUUCCACAGGCUCUCCUCCAGAUUUGUACAUUUGCUUUAUAUGCUGACUGCCUGAAAAUACUGUAUUUUGUGUAAUUAUUAUUAUUCUGAUGAUUAUUAUUGUUAUUAUUUGGAGCAAUUACUAGUUUUUUAAAUGAUCUUUGUGUUUGGUGACAGAAACAGGUAGAUAUUUUUUUUAUUCUCUGUUUUACUUGAAGAAGUGACGUUGAUUUUUCGGGGUUUCUGCUGGUGUUGUUAGACGUAUGUGAACACGAUUCACCUCUCACACUUUUAUUAUUAUUAUUUUGCUUUUUACCAAAUGAUCAUCUCAGACAUGCAGCUGUUGCAUCAUGGGAAACUGCUUCUCUUCUCAAUUUAAAACCGUGUAAAAAGGGUGAACAGAUAUUUGUACAGUUUUUAGGUAUUAAAGCAGAUCUAUUUAUUAACCUGGUGGAGAGGGUGUAAGACUGUAAAGGGAAAUUUUAACUGCAGAGUGAAGGUCAGUGAGGCGUUUACUGACCUCUAGCUGGAGCCGAAAGAACAAACUUUAUUUGUGUGACGCAUAAAAACUCAGAGUCGGAGGUUGUAGCCUCAGCUCUCGUGUAAAAUUAUGUAAAAAAUGAAUGGAGUCUGGUUGAAGACACUUUAAAGAUAUUUUUAAAAUUUUCGUUCUUCUUCAACAGGAAACCGCUUGUCUGACGGAGUCAUGUGACGUCCAGACUUUUAAAAACACUGUAGAAGAAACAUCUGAACAAUAGAAAACAGAUGAAUCUCUUCUACUUUUCUGUCUCAGAUGUCAGAGUCAGAUGAACUUUAAAAUGUGUAAAACGUCUCUUUAACUUUUCCAGAAGCUCAGUUUCCCUCGUCCACAUUACACACUAAAACUCAUCUGCAGUUACCCAUAAUCCUCCUCUCUGAGCUGAUUCACUUCAACACUAAACUAUAAUUAAAUAAAACAGGGAAAGAUUUGUUUUAACCCAUAAGAACCCAGAUCUAUUUGUUCUUUGUAAGAACAGAAACAAUAAAUCUAGCUUUCUACAAAUUAACUUAGUGGUCACAUGAGUCAGGAGGAGUCAACAAAUUCACUCACUCGUCAAAUCUGGCACACACUACAAGAUUUAAAAUCUGACAGAUCAUGUUAGAUUGUCACAGUUGUGUUCUUAUAGUGUGUGAUGUGCAGAGAGAAGACCAACACAGCCACACCACACACUAACACACUCACCACCAACAACCAGAGUCUGGACUCUCACAACUCCACAUCUGACCACGUCAGAGGAAACAAACAUGGCCGACGACCACGUCUCAGCAGCUUCCUGGUUGGCUGUUGUUCCAUUCCAAGUGACAAUCCACAGAGAGCGUGCUCAGCUCACACACACACACACAACUGGAUUUCAGGAUCAGGAUCGUCUUCAGAGCAGAUCAGGGAGGGUAAGAUCAGUCUGAACACACCUCACACUACAGGAGAAUCUGAUAAGAUCAUCUUUAUAACCAUCAGAUAAUCAGACCUGAGGACUCUGAUCAGGACUGAUUAUCUUGUGGUGUGUACCCUGCUUUAGUUAAGAGUCAAUGAUAAAACUUUAUAAGGAAGAGUCAGAGAGUCCUGAGUCUCUGGGUUCUUCUGGGUUAAAACUCACCCAGUUCACUGUGGACAGACUAAAGAACAAACCCUCUGCCCAGCUGCUGCUAAAUUUGCUGCUUCUUCGCUGAAGGAACUCGUCACAUUUGGACAUUUAUCGCACAACAAACAUAAACAGCAACAAACUGCUCAAACAACAGUCUGCGAGAGAAUCACUUCCUGGUUCAGCCUGAGAUCCGUGACCGAAAAGAUCCAGGAAACAAACAGAAUCAGAUUUGUGACGAUUUGUAAUGGAGUCUGGUUCCUCUGUGUUAUGCCUCAGAAAGCAGAAAAAUACCAUUUUAUUCUCAGCUAAAGUAACUGGAACCUGAACGACUCGGUCACUUCUCCAAUAAUCUAACCUCAUGAAUCGUCUCACAGUUUGAUAAGAAAUCAAAGCAGGAAGCAGUGAGCAGAUGUUUGACGUCACUUCCUCCUCCACACUAACACUAGCCAGUGGUGACGUCGGCAGCUGAGCUGUGUCACAUUUAUCAGACUUCAUUGUCUUCAGUGGCCAAAACUGGAUCUGAACCUUCAGACCGAGACCUGGACCUGACGGGUCCGGUUUGUCUGUAAAUGAGUUUAUUUGUCCUUUAACGUGUACAGUGAAACGUUAGAGACUAUAGAAGCUGAUCUGUACAUAAACAGGUGUCGUUCUCCUUUUUCUUUUCAUGUUCUUUUUAUUUUCAGAAUGAGAGAGUGACAGAUUUAUCAGUAACAAUAAUAAAGGAAUAUGUUGUAUAUCA